AUGGUUUGUUUGUGGGUGGAGGGUUGGAAGGAGGGAUGGAAAUGGAUGAGGGUGGGGGUGGGGGGAGUAGGUUGGUGGGUUGGUGGGUUUGUGUAUGUGUUGUAUGUGGUGGAUGGGGAGGGGAGGGAAGGGGGAGGGAAGGAGAAGGAGAAGGAGAAGGAGAAGGAGAAGGAGAAGGAGAAGGAGAAGGAGAAGGAGAAGGAGAAGGAGAAGGAGAAGGAGAAGGAGAAGGAGAAGGAGAAGGAGAAGGAGAAGGAGAAGGAGAAGGAGAAGGAGAAGGAGAAGGAGAAGGAGAAGGAGAAGGAGAAGGAGAAUUUAAGGUUAGAAAGACAAAAGUUGAGAUUGAAAGGUAGCUGA